AUGCGUACCUUGGCUCUCUACACUAUCGUUCUUGCACCUUUCUUAGCGAUUUGUCUCGCUUUCGGCAUACCGGAUAACACUACGAGUAUUAUCAACAUUGCCACCCGUGACGAAGGCGCUCAUCACAUCUCCCCGGGCGCCAUAGCUGGUAGGUCUCUGUCACUUGACCAUUUGCCGCCAUCUGACCACCUCUUAGGCGUCGUUGUUGGCUGCUUAGCUCUAACCACCAUGUUCUCAUGCUGUAUGUGGCGUCGUAACCGCUGGCAACCACCCAGCGUAUCUCGCAAAUCAUAUCCUGCUUCACCAACUCUUUCGCCGUAUCUACCACGAUACCGAGAGUCGCAGUACAACUAUCCCCAGUACCACUAUAAACCCUCAGCUCCACCUCAGUAUAACUACAGCUCCCUGCCUCCUACAGUGGCUCUACCGCCCGCGGUGUAUCUACCAGUAGCGGAGGCAGGUUCAGGUUACUAUGCGCCCAGGAGCAGUGGUCGUUAUUCUCCACCGCCACCGAACUAUGGGAACGGUAGAAAGACAGUGCGGUUUGGAGAAGUGGGCGUGCGGCGAUACUAG